UCAAAAGUAGAUACUAAUCAGGACCUUGCGGAUAUUGAAUUCCUUAUCGAGAAGUCAUUUCAACAACCCCUUACCUCCGUGAGAAAUGGACGUGGGCGUUAAUGGUUGGAAUGUGGGAAUCCCAGUUUUGGGAAAUUGUCAACAUCGUCGUUUGACCUCUCACCUCUAAGAACUCAAUGUAAAGUUGUCUUUUGAUUGCAACCUGAUUGACAUGUUGCUGUUUGUUAAACUCAAUUAUCUGAGUAACGUGUGGUCACCUUGAGACGAGCCACGAAUACACUGCUAUGUAAUCGCCUGAGUGUUGGCCGUGAAAAUAGCAAAUCCGGACUUCUCGAAACUCUCAAGAUCCACUCAAUUCAUUCCAGACUUACAGUCACAAUCGAAAUCGAAUUAGUUUCUAAUCAUGCCGUCGCUCUCUACACUUGCUCCUCUUGCGGGCAUUAUUGCCAGUAUUCCUUCUGUAAUUGCGGGCUUCGAUCCGACCUCGCAGAGUAAUGUUGCCGUUUAUUGGGGACAAAACUCGUAUGGACAGGGCUCUGGAGCUUAUGUCCAGCAACGACUCUCAUAUUAUUGUCAAAACACGGAAGUUAACAUCAUUCCGCUCGCAUUUUUGAGUUCUAUCAAUACUCCAGUCCUCAACUUUGCCAACCAAGGAGAUCCAUGUACGGUAAUUUCAGGAUCCACGUUAUUUUACUGUUCAGAGCUCGAGGCCGACAUUACCACAUGUCAAGAAACAUAUGGCAAGACAAUUUUGCUUUCUGUUGGCGGGGCCACUUAUACUGAGGGCGGUUUCACAUCCACACAAGCUGCCACAACCGCUGCGAAUAAUCUUUGGUCAUGGUUUGGACCUGACACCUCGGGUAACAUCCGACCUUUCGGAACGGCUGUAAUCGAUGGAUUCGAUUUUGACUUCGAAAGCACAGUAUCCAAUAUGCCUGCAUUUGGAAAUCAGCUCCGCUCGUUGAUGGACACAGAUAAAAACAAAACAUGGCUUCUAUCCGCUGCUCCACAGUGUCCCUAUCCUGAUGCCGCAGAUGGACCAAUGCUUGAUGGAACUGUAUCAUUCGAUAUCGUAUGGGUGCAAUUCUACAACAAUUACUGCGGAGUACAAUCAUUCGUCCCCGGUGUGUCAACACAGAAUAACUUCAAUUUUGAUACUUGGGACAACUGGGCCAAGACAGUAUCACUAAAUCCUAACGUCAAAGUCAUGCUAGGCAUACCAUCAAACACUGGAGCUGGAGCUGGGUACACCUCCGGGGCCGCUCUCGCGAGUGUCAUCGCAUACUCAAAGAGUUUCUCCAGUUUUGGCGGCGUCAUGAUGUGGGACAUGAGUCAACUUUACGCAAAUGCCGGAUUCCUCGAUGCGGUCAACGUGGAUCUCGGAAAGCCAGCUGUAACGGUGCCAGUCAUAACUAGCACUGUUACUAGCACUAGUACCAGCAAGUCUUCAAUCACUUCUACUACCACCUCCGCUACUACGACCGCUCCAGGAUCUACUCUCACGACCAUAACAACAACUAGCGCCAGUCCUACUUCGACUGGCGGUCCACUUGUCAAUGAGUGGAACCAAUGCGGUGGACAGGGCUGGACUGGAGCCACUAAUUGCGUCCCUGGCACAAGUUGUGUCGCAUAUAGCAUCUGGUAUUCGCAGUGCAAUCCUAACUAGAUUACGGUCUAGUGGUGAGGGCGCCGAGUCUUGAGUUUCAACGCAUCACGGAGAUGUAGGAAGGUGUUAUUCAUUGCCUCAUAUUUGUAUAUUUCGUUCAGAUUGUUUCACAUACCUUCAACUUAUUCGAUUCUUUUGUAUAUACUUGAAACCGUGGGAGUAUUCAACGGUUCGGUGGCUUUUUCUUUCAAUUAAUCGCACAUAUUUCACAAAUAUGGCAAGUGGAUGAAGCGUCUUCUUUAUCUUUUCAAA